GUGUGACAUUUUGUCAAAGAGCAUAAUUCUCUGAGUUGGUUUGCCCCAGUGUUGCAGCUUCCUUCAAGCUGCUCAGCAUCAGAUCUGCCUCAAAAUGGAUGCUCUGUUGAAUCCCGAUCUCAGGGAAGAUGUGAAAGAUUGUUCGAUCAAGGUUGAAAGCCUCCCGAAGCAAGUAAUAUUCAAAGGCCUUGCACCCAGGGUUGUACUGACAAACCAUCUCCUGCCUAAAGGAACCAAGGCGAAGGUAAACCUUGAGGAACAGGGUCGACAGAAGGUCUCCUUUAGCUUUACACAGACAAAGAAACCACGUCAAAAUUUAUUUUUAGCCCCACCAAGCCCAGAGAAAUCUGCAAGUGAAAAUUCUUCUACACUGCAAGCUGGAGCUGUACCUACUUCAGAUCUAGCAGGACAGACCGAUGAAACCAAGAAUGUGGACACAAAUACUCCAGCAGUGGGGGAGAUCCAGACUGCAUCCGCUCCAGUAUCCUUCCCACUCAAAUCAAAACAUGUUCUUGGAAAGAUGCAUUUUAAGAAAAAAAUUCUCAGCGUUACUGUUGUUGAGGAUAACUCCAUUGUCAGCAUUGCCUCAGCAGAGAUUUCGGAGCCAGUAGUCCCACCUGAGUCAGACAAAAUUCGAUCUUCAGCCAAGGUUGAAACUGAAACCUCAGUGCAACAGUCUCACAAGAACUCUGUCAUUGAUAGUUCCUCUGAAAAAGUUAUCAAAGAGGAAAACCCUCAGGAGAAAUUAGACUCAUGCCUUAAAGGUCCUGUUUCUUCCCAUAUUGGGAAGGGAGAUAUAGAUUCUUCCAUUAUUUCUGAGCAUGAGGAAAACAGAAAAUCCCAGCCCCGAUCAGACAGCACACUUCCAGGUUCGGAGUCUGAUGGAGAUUCAAUUCGAACAUCAUCUAGCCAGAAAUCUAGUGACCAUAGAAAUAAAACAAAAUCUGAAUCCCAGAGAAAUGAAGCGAGAAGAUCCUCUAAUUCCAAAACAGAGGAAUUAGAAAAACCGAGGCCUGAUAGGAAAGAAGAUGAAAAGGGGUCGAGUCGGACAAAGUCUGAGCGUGACUCCAGGCACACGUCUUCAAGAUCUUCUCGUUCUGACAGAGACAGAAGAAGGACCAAAAGUCGUUCAAGGUCUAGAUCGCGAGGCUGUCGAACUAGUUCUUAUUCCAGAUCUGAAAGGUCAAGGAGUGAGAGACAGUCAAGGUCACAUUACCAUGAGUCUGAGCGGAGGUUUCAUAGAAGUUCUCCUCAUCGUGAAAGGAGAAGCUCGCGUUCUCGAACUGAUGGCAGGUCUCGUGACAGCUCUGACUCGGAGGAUGACCACCGGCGGACAAGGACUCGUGGUAGUGAUUCAAGCCGAUCUUCUACAUACUCUAGCUCGCAAAAAGAAUUGAAAUCGUCCACUCACUCCAGAUCCCACAGGGACUCAAAACCCACAGAUUGUUCUCGAUCAUCUGAGUCAGACAAAAGAACACAGCAUUCAAAACCAGAACGAUCUAAUUUAAAAGCUGGUGACUCUGAAUCCAAUAGGAAGAGCUCUCCUGAAGCAGAAGCAGUUCACAGGAAAUCCAGUUCCCACUCAAAAUCGGAAAUUAAUGCUAAAACCUCAAAUUCCAACCGAGCUACCUCAUCCCGAACAUCUGAGAAAAAGGUCCAUAAAAACAGCUCUGACUCUGAUGAGGAGCACAGAAAAAAACAUCAGUCACAAGGAUCAGACAGGUCAUCUGGGUCUCGAACUUCAUCAUCCAAAAAAACAGAUUCAUCGGAUCACAAAACUUUAAAUAAUGUUACUGGAACAGAGAGACAAUCAACAGACAGAUUAAGUAAUAACACAAAGCAGUCAGAGUUAGUCCCCAGUCCAGUUACUCCUCAGAAGGAAUCCAGCAAAAUUGAUGACAACUGUACCCUGCCUAAAUCUAAAUGCAGUUCUCAACAGAUGCAUGAAGCUACACACAAAGUUAAUUUGUUUGAAACAAAUCAACAAACUGAGCAUCAACCUCCAAACCAAGAUCUUAGUAGUUUGAAAAAGUGCACAAAUGUCCCUGAGAGUCACAAGACAGCUGAAAGUUUGAAGCAGUCCACUUCCCCAACAAGUAAAAGCCUUGAAGUUAGAAGUUCCACUGAGGCUGAUAAACCUGGAAUGAAAGAUGAGAUUCCAAUCCAAAGCGAAGCUCUGACAGAAGGACCGGCGGAGACAUUUUGUGUAGGCCACUCUCCCAGUCAGGAUUCAGUAGGAUCACUGGCAGACCCUCUUUCUCUUUCUGUGAAAGAAUUACCAGCUGGAGGAUGCUUGAAAUUAAACACUAAAUCGGAUGGGUCAUCAUUAAUCAGUAGUAAAAUCAUUAUGCCCGUCACACCAAGUGCUCAACUUUGUGAAAAAGAUUCUGAGCAACUUAGUGUGAAUUCUGAACAACCUAGUGGAAUUUUGAAAAAGGAUGGUAGUGCGAAAAAAUCCCGAUGGGAUAUUGUUGGUGAAGUCCCUUCAGAAUAUCAAAGCCCUACGAAAAUAGUGAACUCAGAUGUGAAAAGGGUAAUUUUAGUAAAAAAAACAGAGGUCUACAAUGAUACUACCCCUAAUGAAUCAUGUACACAGAAACACUCUGAAUUACCAUCUGAAAAAUCUGUAGAAGGACAAAUACGAGACGAAACCUCAAUUGAAUCUCAUCACAAAGUAAUUUCCCACGCAUCUGACCUUGGAAACCAACAUACCCAUAGUGAACUAGUUAAUCAGACUGUUGUAAUUCCUCAGCCAACAAGUGCUGUGGUUGUUAGUGAUCUUCCUCUUAAUUGCCGUUCCGCUAGUAAAGAGAAAAUCAAUGUAGACAAACAUAAACCUGAAACUCAAGACCCCGAUUCCUUAAACCAUGAUGGUAAAUGCCACAGUGAGGACAGUGAGAGUGAAGAAUCGGACUCUGAUUCAGAUGAUGAGCGGGUCUCCUUAAAGCGGUUGCACUCUGUGGUGGUUGUGCCAAAAAAUUCAACCAUUGCUCUUGAGACAAAUGAUUUGACUGAGCUGUCUCUGGGGUCCUCAGUGUUUUCUGAACAGCAACUGACUGAUACACAUAAAAGCAUUAACAGGGAAUUUGCCUAUGGUUUUAACAAUCAGUCAAAGCUUGAGGAAUCAUCAGCUGCACUUUUUAAGGCCGGUGUACAGGCUGCAAUUCCAGAUGCUAAAGGUGUCUCCUACCAAUCGCAGAGCAACAUGGUUGACAGCACCAGCCAUUUGGAGGCUACCAGUGCUCAUGUGGACAAGAACUGGAGUGCUCAAGAAAGACCAAAUGUCUGUGCCCAGAUAAACCAAGUCUCUAUUUCUGAGAAGACAUGCAGGCGACCGGAAUUGGAUCACCAUCAGUACCAUGAUAGACCAGAUAGCUGGAAUGGAAGGAAGGGAGGGAAGCAGCAAUAUGGGGACUCAAAUGACUUCAGUGGUGGGAAGGGUUAUUGCUUGGCCUGGGACUUUAACCAGUCAGAACAGCCCAGCAGUACAUUUCAGCAACCGGACAGCAGUCAUAGCACCGAACGCCCGUCUCAGCCAGCAAUUGCUCUGUUUGAUAACGCUCACAGACAAGAUCCAUGGGCUCAGUCUGCCAUCUCUGAAACCAGCAGACCAGUCAACACACAUGUGCCUUUUCAGUAUCACAGUUUAGUUAACCAGAUCCAUCCAGACUCUCUGACCAAUGACCAUGAUUACGAUAGUGAGAGAAGGGUAGUAGGGAUCAAACAAGGAUCUAUCCUAUCUGCUGAUCUUCCAGGAUCAUCCCCAUUUGUUCAAGCCCAUGAGAUAAGUAGUAAUUGCAGCUUCACCACAGAAAAUCAGAACAUCUCAGAAGCCCCUAGAGAAGACAACCAAAAGCCUCAUCGAGGAAGGGGUCCACCUAAGAAGAGACGUCAAGAUUUUGAAUCUGAAUCAGAUAAUGAGGCAGAGGCUGGUCUGAACAGUAAAAGGGAUAGUUUUGAUGAGAGCUCAAGGGUUGUGAAAGAUAGUAAGGAUUCUUUCCAUCAAAUUCAAGAGGUGCAGCGCCCACUUCUCAGUCUAAAAGACUUCCUGGAUCCAUCUAUGUGGAGGGAAAAGGCAAAGCAGAAAAAAAUGCCACCCUACUUUGACCUCAUCGAAGAAAAUGUGUAUCUGACAGAACGCAAGAAGAAUAAGUCUCAUCGUGACAUCAAGCGUAUGCAGUGUGAGUGUGCUAUCCUCUCAAGAGAAGAGCGAGCCCGAGGGAAUAUGGCAUGUGGGGACGAUUGCCUCAAUCGCUUGCUGAUGAUUGAGUGCUCUUCCCGAUGUUUAAAUGGAGUAUACUGCUCCAACCGGCGCUUCCAAAUGAAACAGCAUGCAGACUUUGAGGUAAUUUUGACAGAGAGCAAAGGUUGGGGCUUACGAGCAGCCAAAGAUCUACAGCCGAACACCUUUGUUUUAGAAUAUUGCGGAGAAGUUUUGGAUCACCGGGAAUUUAAAGCAAGGGUGAAGGAGUAUGCUCGAAACAAGAACAUUCACUAUUAUUUCAUGGCUUUGAAAAAUAAUGAGAUAAUUGAUGCUACUUUGAAAGGAAACUGUUCCCGUUUCAUGAAUCAUAGCUGUGAACCCAAUUGUGAAACUCAGAAAUGGACUGUGAAUGGCCAGCUCCGUGUUGGCUUCUUCACCACCAAAGCUGUGACAGCUGGCACAGAGCUCACUUUCGAUUAUCAGUUCCAAAGAUAUGGUAAAGAGGCCCAGAAGUGUUUCUGUGGAGCUCCUAGCUGUCGGGGUUUAAUUGGUGGAGAGACUCGGGUCAGUGUUCGAGCAGCAGGUGGGAAGAAACAGAGGGAACGCUCAAGGAAGAAAGACACUGACAGUGGACUUACCACGUUGGAUGAAGAGCUGGAGGCUCUGCAGGAGAAUGGAGAAGGCUUAUGUGGAGAGAAAGAUGUGAUCGCACUCUGCAGACUCAUGGUUCGAGUGGAGACGAUGGAGCAGCGACUCACCUGCCUUAAACUCAUCCAGAAUACCCAGAAUCCCUUGUGCCUGAAGCAGUUUUUGGAUCACCAUGGCCUCUCGCUGCUGUGGAUAUUUAUGGUUGAACUUUCUGAAGCUAAGAGCAACUCUGUAAAUAACAUUAAACUACAGCUGGAGAUAAUGAAGGCUCUGGCAGUGCUUCCUAUCUCAACAAAGAACAUGCUGGAGGAGAGCCGAGUGCUGCAGUUUAUCCAGCGCUGGGCUCAAAGCCGGCCACUCAGCCAACCGGCCGAACAGGAUGGCUACUCCAGUGAGAGCACCUCCCGUGCCCAAACGCCCCUCAACACCCCUGAUGGUCCACCGGCCAAGCUGACCACUGAGCUGGACGGGGACACUCCCAAGCGAGCAGUCUAUCGUAGAUUGAAGAUCAUCAGUGAAAACAGUCUGGACAGCGCACUGUCCGAUGCUAGUAAAGCUUCAGAUGGAAAGGAAGAGGAGGAUGAGGAAGAGGAAGAGAUGGAAGAUGAGCCUUCACAGUUGGAAGCCACGAUUGAAAGGGAGGUGAAAGUAGAAAGCAUUGAAGCACCUUCUGAGAGUCAAGCUGAGCUUGAGGCCGAAUUGAAACAGGAACCCCCUGAAACUGUAGAAAUCACAAUUUCAAUGCCAGAGGCCAUUGAAAAUGAGGGAGAGACACUUGAAAUGCAAGAACCUGAAGAAAAACCCCUCUGUAAGUCUGAAGAACAACUAGAGGAUGAGAAGAUGGUGGAAGAGACCAAGAUUGAGGAGCCAUCAGAGAUCCAGACAGAGUCAGCGACACUUGAAGAUGCCCCUUCAGUCACAGACACCAUAUCUGCACAAGAUGUUAGUAACGAUGUAGUUGCUGAUGUGGAAACUCCCAUCGCUGAGACCCAGGUGGAAAACGCAUCUUCUGAACAGUGCAGCUCUGAAGAGAAUGCAAGUUGCAGCACUGCAGAAAUCACACCUACGCCACCAUCAGAAGUCAUAAUGGAGAGUGUAACUUCUGAAUCUACAGCUGCUGCCAUAGAGAGCACACCUACAGAAUCACCGUCUGUCCCUGUGGAGACCACUCCACCUGGUUCUGCUGCUGUUUCUACUGGAAACACAUCAUCAGAGGCUGUUGCAGUCGCCGAGUCUGCUGAUGCAUCGGCCCUGGCUAUUGUGGCUGUUCCAGCCGAGGGCGCUGCAGUGGGGACGCCCUCUCAAGAUGAGGAGGAAGGUGUUUCUGAUGUCGAAAGCGAGCGCAGUCAGGAGCCACAAGUUCGGGCUUCUGAUAUCAGUGACAUGGCCGCCCGGCUGCUGGACAGUUGGAAAGACUUAAAGGAGGUUUACAGGAUACCAAAGAAGAGCCAGGUUGAAAAAGAGUCAAAUGAUCGCAGUCGUGAUCGGGAAGCCCUGAUGACCCCUCGCACUCCUUCGAGCAGUCGAGAGAGAGAGCGAGAACGAGAACGAGAGAAGGAGCGUGAUCGUGAUCGAGAUCGGGAUAGGGAUCGAGACCGGGACAGAGACUGGGAGCGUGAGCGGGACUGGGACCGUGAGCGGGAACGGGAGAGGGAUGGAGAGAGAUCGACCCUUCGCAGUGCAGAUAGGAAAAGACGACGAGGCUCCACCUCCCCUCUGCCGCCUUCAGCCUAUGAGAGGGGCCGCAGAAACGAUGACCGUUACGAGCAGGCCAACAGCAGCAAGAAGAAACUCCACACCAAAGAGUCUCGUAACAAGCUGUCCACUGAAGAACGACGAAAGCUCUUUGAGCAGGAAAUGGCUCAGCGGGAGGCUCAGAAACAACAACAGCAGCAGCAACAACAACAACAACAACAGCAGCAACAACAGCAACAGCAAAUACAGACGCUUGCGUUUAACCCACUGGCCUACACCUCCAGUCCAAGCUUCAUGGCCUACCCACCUGGAUACCCUAUCCAGACCUAUGUGGAUCCCACCAAUCCCAAUGCAGGAAAAGUGCUCCUGCCUACACCUGCUGUAGAGCCUCUUUGUGUCACCCCAGCUGCUGGUACCUUCGAACAAACACCUACUCAGCCUGUCAUAUCAGAUCUCGGUCUAGCUUCACCUUCUUCUUCCACCACCACCCAGGCCGGUCCUGCCUCCAGCUUGGCACAUAUCCCUGCCUCUCUGGAGCUUUCCUCUGGUACACAGACUCAGCAGUUUGUCCAGCCUGCUGUGCCAGCACAGGACCCGAGCGUAGCUGUCCUGUCAGUGCCUGCACAAACAGCCAGCACGCAGGUCCAGAGUCAGCAGGGCUACACCACUCUCUGGGACCCCAACACACAGCAGGCGGUCACGUUGCAGACGCAGCCCACCCAGCAGUAUUCUACCACAGCACAGCCUCAGACUGCCAUCUACUAUCAAGGCCAGCCAUGCCAGACCAUCUAUAGCAUUCCUGCAGCCUACCCACAGACCAGCACUCCUGUCAUACAGACAUACACUGAGCCAGCUGCCAACUACCUGCAUGGGCAGCAGGUGUACACGGGGCAUCAACAAGGUGUGGUAGUGCAGCAGGGAGGCACCGUCACCACCAUUGUCACCUCUCAGACAGUUCAACAGGAAAUGAUCGUACCCAACAGCAUCAUUGACCUGCCGCCUCCUUCCCCUCCUAAACCUAAAACCAUUAUCCUGCCUCCCAGCUGGAAAGUGGCACGAGACCCAGAGGGCAGAAUUUAUUACUACCAUAUCAUCACCAGGCAAACACAGUGGGAUCCUCCCAGCUGGGAUGGGACUACAGAGGAAGCCAGUGUAGAACACGAGGCUGAGAUGGACCUCGGGACGCCCACAUAUGAUGAAAAUCCUUCAAAGUUCUCUACAAAGACCGCCGAGGCAGACACAUCCAGUGAGCUGGCCAAAAAAAGCAAAGAAGUCUUCCGCAAGGAGAUGUCACAGUUUAUUGUGCAUUGCCUUAAUCCGUACCGCAAGCCAGAUUGCAAGCUGGGCCGUAUCAGUAACACAGAUGACUUUAAACAUCUUGCUAGAAAGCUGACUCAUGGUGUAAUGAACAAGGAAUUAAAGUCUUGCAAGAACCCUGAAGAUCUUGAAUGCAAUGAGAACGUCAAACACAAGACCAAGGAGUACAUCAAGAAGUACAUGCAGAAGUUUGGCCCUGUGUACCGACCUAAGGAAGACACAGAGCUGGACUAACUAGCCUAAAGUAAACCCAGGAACCUCCUGGCAGCUCUUUCCAACCGAACACUGCUGGCCUAAACCUUUUUGGUGCGUCGGGACAGAGCGGCUCCAGCACGAGUCAUGUUUUAUUCCUCUGACCUUCUAACCAUGUCCCUAAUGCUGCUCUGGUAGAGGGCAUUGCCUGAGCCGUCCCACACAAGGGGACGUUUUUAAUCAUGAGAUAAAACUGCUGCGGUAUGAAGCGUGGAGGACGCAAUCCAAGGGUGCUACACAGACUCUUUCCAAGAUCUUUUUUGUCUUCUCAAAAUUGAAAAGGCAAGUCUCAUCACUUUGCAGAAGAAGAUCAUCCUAAACUCUAGAAGGGGGGGGGGGGAGAAUAAGUGGACCAUUAAAAUCCUUUUCCUUAGCCACCCCACUCCAUUACUGUAGUUGUUACCAAGGGCUUUUGUUAGCUUGCCUGUUCUGCUGAAGGUCCAAUUAAUUGCUGAUAUUAGUCAAGGAAAGAGGGAAGCGGAAAGACAGACGCUAAGGAUUAUGAUAUGUCUCAGAUAAACUAUCCACAGAACUUGUCUAUUUGGACUCACUGGCCAUGGGUCGCCCAGCUCAGCAUUGUUUUUAUGGAUUUUAGGCUAAUGAAGUGUGCAGAUCUGUGAUCUAACCCCAUUUGCCCUGGUCUUAUUUCUCUUCUUCUCUUCUUGGGGGCAAGGUUAUGUAGCAAUGAUAUUUUAUCAAGGUCUUUCACACUGUUUUUACAUUAACAUUUUUUUAUCCAUGUCACAAAGGCAAAUGUGAAGCCAUCCAGGCAGUUUGUAGCUUAUUUUUGUGGCCGUCAUGUAAGGAUUGAUCAGGUUACCAUCCCAUAAGCUCUGGCCAUUAAUCAACUCACCCCACCAUAUUAACCUGCAUUAAAUCUGUCAAACAUGUAUUAUAUUGCUUUAUAUGUGAAUAUUUUGAGAGUUAGUUUUUGAGACCAUUAGCAGAGACUUUGUAAAAUGACAGUCAAGGUCCACGAUGUCUUGUGUAAAUAUGUGUAAGUAUACCAGACCGGGAAAUGGGAUUAGAAGGAUGCGACUAGAUCCGAGUCCUCCAUCCCGCCGGUGCAUCUCCGGUGUUCCUAAAUAAAGCAGAAUUCCGCACUAUCCCACUGCUUCAUAUGUUGGGUUGGGUUUUAAAGGUUGGGGUGUCAUUAUCGUUUCUUUUUCCUUUACUUUCUCUGUAGAAAGAUUUUGGAUCUUUUUUUUUUUUUUAUGUGCAAAUAGGAGUCUCACCCCACUCCACUGUAAGUACUGUGCAAGCACAUUGUCAUACUGAGUGUAAAAACAUUUUAAGAUAAAAUAAACUGUUUUCUAAAAAUAA